CCCAUGGUAACAGAAGAGUUUGUGAAACCAUCACAGGUAAGUGGAAGAAGUCCCAGGUCUUCACUGGCCCUGUUCCCUAAAGCCAUGGUUCUGGCCCACAGAUGCAGGUAACACUGAUGUCCUGGGACUCUUUUUCCUUCAUCUUGGGUCCCUGGGGUCACCUCAGGCCCAGGAUGAUUAAUCAGGGUCAGGAGUUAAUACAGAAAUGUUCCCAUUUCUGCAUCCAAUAGGAUGAAGUGAUGAAAGGUUUCCUGGGCAUAGGUGCCAGCAUGUCCAACUGCUUAGAGAUGAGAAUGAUACGGGCACAUAUAGGGAACUGCAAGUCUCUGUGCACUGUGGCCAAAACUUUUGCAGUUUGAGCUGUGACAGAACUAACAUGAGUUUCUUUUUCCUUCUUUACAGUCUCACAGAUACAUGAUUUGUCCUUUUUAUAGAUCUUAGCAAAUUCAGAGUACAAUAUUUUUUUUCUUGUUAAGAACUCUCACCUUUUCACUUAAAGGAAAUACUUCACAGGUUGUCUUUUACAUAUCUGAAUGGCUGGUAUUAUCGCUCUUGUGCUUUGGGGGUAUUAAGUAAAAUAAGCGUUACUUGAACACAAGCACUGUGAUAAUGAGACAGUUGAUGUGAUAACCAAAUGGCCACAUAGUGAUUAACAGGCAGGUAGUGUAUUCAGCAUGGAUCUAUUGGACAAACGGAUGAUUGAUGUCUUGGGCAGAACAGCGUGGGACAGUGUAAGAUUUUAUCACUACUCAGAAAAGCACGUCAUUUAUAAUUUUUGGGUUGUUUAUUUCUGGAAUUAUCCAUGUAAUAUUUUCAGACCACAGUUAACCAGUGGUAAAUGAAACCAUGGAAAACAAAAUUGUGGCUAAGAGCGGGGACGACUGUAUAUGUAUUCAGUGCUAUACAUUUUAUUCUAAGCACCGCUUCCACUGCAUCUCACAAAUUCUAAGUUGUGUUUUCAUUUCAUUUAGUUCAAAAUAUUUUUAAAUUUGAGUAUUUCUUCUUUGUUCCAUGUGUUGUCUUGUUUACAUCUCCCAGGUAUUUUGGGAUUUGCCAGCUCUCUUUCCAUUACUGCUUUCUAGUUGAAUUCCAUUGUGAUUGCAGAGCAGACCUUGUAUUAUUUCUAGUAAAUUUAUUAAGAUGUGUUUUAUGACUGUGUAUUGUAAACUGGGGAGUAAGUGACCUUCGUGGGGUCUCUAGGAUCAUUCCAACACUGCCAUGGAAAUGAAACUCUGAGAGGCAUAAAGGAUUUAUUAUAUUCAUAGGUCCUCAUAGAGGGUGGCACAGCAAACCAUGCAUGGAGCCAUAUGGAAAGAGCUCUCAGGGAGUGGACUCAACCAAGCAGGCAGGGAGCCAAGAGGGAGAGCAAGGACCUGUGGGCAGAUGCCUUUCCUACUGUGUUUGAAUGUCAUUCAGUCACAGUCAAAGGAGGAAAAGAAGCGGAGGUUGUGACAGGGACCAGUCUUAGCAUGAUGGGGACCUGGUCACUGGGGUGGGUUGCUCAUAAUGUAUUGGGGAUGUUGAAGCAUCAGGAAAAUAGGAAGUUUUAAAGAUUUCUAAAACAGGCCCAGAAUGUGGUCUGUCUUGAAUAUUCCUGUGAGCUUGAGAACAGCAUGUAUUCUGUUCUUGUUAGACAAAGUAAUCUAAAGAUGGUGAUUAUGUCCAGUUGAUUGAUGGUGUUGUUGAAUUCAGCUAAGUGUAUUGGUUUUCUGCCCACUGUAUCUGUCAGUAACAGAUAGAAAAGAGUGUGGAAGACUUCAAUUAUGAUGGUGGAUUGAUCUGUUUCUCCUUGAAGAUCUGUCAGUUUUUGCCUCAUAUAGUUUGAUGCUCUGUGGUCAGGCAUGUAUGUGCUAAGGAUUCUUAUAUCUUUUUGGAAACUGCCUCAACCUCCCGAGUGGCUGGGAUUACAGGCGCCCGCCACCACGCCCAGCUAAUUUUUGUAUUUUUAGUAGAGACAGGGUUUCUGCACAUCGGCCAGGCUGAUCUCGAACUCCUGACCUCAGGUGAUCCACCCGCCUCGGCCUCCCAAAGUGCCUGUGAUGUUUUCUCAAUAGCUAGACAUGAUGAGCUCAGUAAAAGGAAUUGCUGUAAAUCGGCCUUUAAUAAUGUGGUGGUGAGGUGUGUCAGCGGGCAGGGGAAGCAUUUUAAGUCCCGCAGUUAGGUCUCAGUGUUUUAGUGAGCCUGUUCCUCUUGACUGAAAUUCACAUGUGUUUCUAAAUUGUGUUUUGUUAUGCUUUUUCUCUCUCAUUAUGUGGAAGAGGAAUACUAGAGUGGGUUGUAGUUGGUUAUUUCCCUUCCCCCAGAUAGAUUAGGGUCUGAUAGUACCUCUGCAGGUUAGGCUCUGGUUAACUGUUGUCUCCCAAGGGCAGGCUUUGUUUAGAGGAACACAUUGCUAUGGCAUAUUUUAAAAUGAUUCAUUUUCCCCUCUCUGCUGGAAGCACAAGGGGAUUUUUUUUCCCCAGUAAUCACCAUGAGAACUUGGUUAAGUUUCUGGAGGUAAAUAUUGCAAGAUUGUGGGGGCCCCCAUCACUGAGUGCCUCUUGAAUUUUCAGCUCACAGAAUUGUCCACACAGACCUUCCAGCAAUUUAUGUGUUAUAGAUUGGGUUUUCCUGACCUGGCACUAGUUUGCAUGAUGGUUUCCUUUCAUGAGUUUCUGCUCUUGUGAGCCUUGAUUCCCCUGUAUUCCCUUGUUUGUCUCUCCAGUCUUGUGGGCAGUGGUGUGUCCUGUGCCCUUCCUUAUCUUUCCAGUGUGGAUCCUAGAAGAAUUGUCCGUUUUUCAGUCUAACUCUUUACUUGCUAUUGUGAUAGAGUGGCCACUUCCAAGCUUCUUACAUGCAGAAUAGGAAACCAAAGUCCAGGAGUUAGGCCUUGACAAUGUGGAGUCUCAUGCUGGGACUUCUUGGUGGUGGUGUUAGGUGCACAGCAAGAGACAGACACGUGGAGUUCAGGGAAGGAUCCAAGUGAAAGCUGUCCAUCAGCCAGUGGCUGGCCUGUGGACCAUGGCAGAUUUAAGAGGAACACUCUUCAGGUCAUAGUGGCAGUCCCAUCAGUGAGGAAGGGUGUAGAGAGUAUUCUCUAAUGACUGGGUCUCUUGCGUGGUCACCUAGAUAGAAGUGGGAACCAUCACUAAGACAGAUAAAGAAGAGUAGUAACCAUGGGUGUGUGGGGGUAGGAUGAAACGGGUGUCCAGCUGUUGGCACAGUCUUUAAAUGGGGAAUGGUUAAGAGAUUCGUUCAGAGGCAAAGCAGUAAUAGAGGUCAAAUAACACCAAGGUCAGGGCUGGUGCUUUUUCUCCCUUCUCUUGGCUCAGACUUUUGUUGGUAACUCUUGGUAGGGCCUAAGUAGUUUCAGACAGUGUGACAGAUUAGGUUAAAAGCAAAUGAGAUUGACUGGGAGAGUCAUUCAGCCUGAGGUGGGAGCAGCUGGGGGCUAGGCUUUGACUGAGUAUAGGUGGAGAGAGGAACGAUAUGACUGGUGUGGGGACAGCACAGGCAACACUGAGGUGGAAGUGGACUUUGGCAGCCUGAGCUCACACAAGGUCUGAGUGGCUGAAAUUGGAACAAACAGCCAGGCCAGAUGGGGAAGUCUUCAUAACAGUCCUGAGACUGCCUCUGGCUUGGGUCUAACAAAGAUGUGUGGUGGUGCUGGAUCCUUGUUGCAUUUAGCAAGUGCUGCCUGGGCCCCUUGAGCAGAGUGGCAUGUGGAGAAGCCAGUGAAGUACCUGUGUCAUGGAUGCUGAGGGCAGUGGAGUUCAAGGUGUAGCAGUCAUGAACUGGAGAUGUGUUCCCAUGAAUGGUGUGCAACCGGGGAGAGAGUAUGGCUGUACUCAGGAUCCUUGUACUGGCACUUUAAACCAAGACGGGCCAUGUGACCUUUGAGGAUAUUGCUGUGUACUUCUCCCAGGAGGAGUGGGGCCUCCUUGAUGAAGCUCAGAGGUGCUUGUAUCAUGAUGUGAUGCUGGAGAACUUUUUGCUUAUGGCCUCAGUAGGUUGUUUGCAUGGAAUAGAGGCUGAGGAGGCCCCUUCUGAGCAGACUAUUUCUGCACAAGGAGUGUCACAGGCCAGGACUCCAAAGCUAGGUCCUUCCAUCCCAAAUGCUCAUUCUUGUGAGAUGUGUAUCCUGGUCAUGAAAGACAUUUUGUAUCUCACUGAGCACCAGGGGACACUUCCCUGGCAGAAACCUUAUACUUCUGUGGCCAGUGGGAAAUGGUUUUCAUUUGGUUCUAACCUGCAACAGCACCAGAACCAGGACAGUGGAGAGAAACACAUCAGAAAGGAGGAGAGCAGUGCCUUGCUUCUGAAUAGCUGCAAAAUUCCUCUGUCAGACAAUCUUUUCCCAUGCAAAGAUGUUGAGAAGGAUUUUCCAACCAUCCUGGGCCUUCUUCAACACCAGACCACCCACAGCAGAGAAGAGUAUGCACAUAGAAGCAGGGAGACCUUUCAACAAAGACGUUACAAAUGUGAGCAAGUUUUCAAUGAGAAAGUUCAUGUUACUGAGCAUCAGAGAGUCCACACUGGAGAAAAAGCUUAUAAGCGUAGGGAAUAUGGGAAAUCCUUGAACUCUAAAUACUCAUUUGUUGAACACCAGAGAACCCAUAAUACAGAAAAGCCUUAUGUAUGCAAUGUAUGUGGGAAAUCAUUCCUCCAUAAACAAACACUCGUUGGGCACCAGCAGAGAAUUCACACUAGAGAAAGGUCUUAUGUGUGCAUUGAAUGUGGGAAAUCCUUGAGCUCCAAAUACUCACUUGUGGAACACCAGAGAACCCAUAAUGGAGAAAAGCCUUAUGUGUGCAAUGUAUGUGGGAAAUCAUUCCGCCACAAACAAACAUUUGUUGGACACCAGCAGAGAAUCCACACUGGAGAGAGGCCUUAUGUAUGUAUUGAAUGUGGGAAAUCUUUUAUUCAUUCCUAUGACCGCAUUCGACACCAGAGAGUUCACACUGGAGAAAGGGCUUAUCAGUGCAGUGAAUGUGGGAAAUCCUUCAUAUACAAACAGUCACUUCUUGAUCACCAGAGAAUCCACACGGGAGAAAGGCCUUAUGAGUGCAAAGAAUGUGGGAAAGCCUUCAUUCACAAAAAAAGACUUCUUGAGCACCAGAGAAUUCAUACUGGAGAAAAGCCUUAUGCGUGCAUCAUAUGCGGGAAAUCAUUUAUCCGCUCAUCUGACUACAUGCGACACCAGAGAAUUCACACUGGAGAAAGGGCUUAUGAAUGCGGUGACUGUGGGAAAGCCUUCAUCUCCAAACAGACACUUAUUAAGCAUCACAAAAUCCACACUAGAGAAAGGCCUUAUGAAUGCAGUGAAUGUGGAAAAGGCUUCUACCUUGAGGUUAAACUUCUUCAGCACCAAAGAAUCCAUACUAGAGAAAAACUUUGUGAGUGCAAUGAAUGUGGAAAAGUCUUCAGCCACCAAAAAAGACUUCUUGAGCACCAGAAAGUUCACACUGGCGAAAAGCCCUGUGAGUGCAGUGAAUGUGGGAAAUGCUUUAGACACCGCACCAGCCUCGUUCAACACCAGAAAGUUCACAGUGGAGAGAGGCCUUACAACUGCACUGCAUGUGAGAAGGCCUUUAUCUAUAAAAACAAACUUGUUGAGCAUCAGCGAAUCCACACUGGAGAAAAGCCGUAUGAAUGUGGUAAAUGUGGGAAAGCCUUCAACAAAAGAUAUUCCCUUGUCAGGCACCAGAAGGUACAUAUAACAGAAGAGCCCUAGCAAUUGUUGGGAUGUGUAAUUGUCUUAUUCAUUGUAAAUCACCAGAAAGCUGAUUUUUCAAGGGAUCCAACAGACAGAAAUUCACCCUCAUAUAUCUGCGUAUCAGUAGUUGAAAGAUUCACUACAAGGUCCAAGUACUUGGGAAGCUUUCCAGAGAUUACUUGUACUUUCUAAUCUGCCCAGUGUAACAACAGACACUACCAUGUGGCAUAUCCUCACAGUUUUCAUCAGUCACUCACAUGUGCUCAAGGAAUGCAGACCACUGUGCUCACCAAAUUCUGAAGGGAAUAAUAUAAUAAAAGCCUAUUGACGGUCCUCUUCCAUCUUGCUGAACUGUUCAAGGCAAAGACAAAACCCAACUUUGACCAAGAAGAGCAAUCUGGAUUCUUAUAGCCCAUGGAGGUUUACCUUCUUCAUAGGUUUUUUUUUUAUGUGAUUGCCAUAGUGGGAUAUUCCCUCCCCCACAUUACCCAAGAGGGAAAUGGGCUGUCUUACCAUGUGCUGAUGUAUGUGUUCUGCCAAUGUGAAGGGUGAACAGCUCCAACUUUAUGUCCCCCCAGGGACAUAGUAUGAGAUCAGAAAAUAGUUCUUAGUCCUGUUUGUCUUAAUUUUUAUUGGUUUCCAAGGUCUCCUAGGAAGGAGAGCAGAGCUGUGUGGUCCUAAUCAUGGUGUCAAUGCCAGAUUUAUUUGUAGGUCCAGAGGUCUCCCUGAGAAGAGGCAUUUGUGACAAACUCAAGUGCUGGGACCUGCAUGAAUUGUUUAUUUGCAGUGAUGCUCCAUAUUUCCUAGCACUGUUCAUGUCAUCUUAUUUCCCAGGUCCUUCAUUGUAGCCAUGGGCACUGAAGGACUGAAUUGGUAGGUAGGUCACUGGUUGUAAGACCUACUGGGGCCCGGUAAGAACAGUAAUUGGCCCAGAGAGGUAGGUGUGAUAAACAGAGUAGAAAAGAUUGUAGCAAAGAAGAGUGAAUGUGUCCCAUCCAAAGGUGCAUCCAGAUAUGUCUGUGUUACUAUGGCUUCAUGCUUUGGGGGUAUAUAGAAAUUCUCAGGACCUCAGACCUUUGAUUCUCCUUUAGCAACACAUCGUCGGCAUAAGGCAUCUAAAGAUUUUGUGGACUCUCAUAACUUAUGUACUGUUUUUCAGAUGAUUGCAGCACGGGCAGGAAAGCAGGAUUUGAGAGAACAUACACCUUGCCUUCCAGAUAUGUGGUUUUUGUGAUUCACCCAGAUCUGUUGUGCCAGUUAGGAAUUAUCUUUAUUACUUCCCGUUUAUUGCCACUGCUGAGAAGGCUGUCCUUCCUAACUUGUGAGAUGAAUCCUUAAUAAUAAGUAAAUCUUGUGUUAUCCUAUAGUCUGGUUUUCCAAAAGGAGAGGCAGACACAUAUUUUUGUGUGGAACCAUUUAUCUUAAAACAUUGAGGUGCAGUUUUCAUACACAAAACCUUCUAUCUUUUUAAGAAUUCUGCCUGUAUGGUUGAUUGCCCAAUUAAUGGGUUUUGAUAGUCAUGUAAGCUCAGUGUCUUGUCUUAGAAAUAUGUGUGUAUAGGCUGGGUGCGGUGGCUCACGCCUGUAAUCCCAGCACUUUGGGAGGCCGAGGCAGGUGGCUCACCUGAGGUCAGGAGUUCGAGACCAGCCUGACCAACAUGGUGAAAUCCAGUCUCUACUUAAAAUACAAAAAUUAGCCAGGCGUGGUGGCGUCCAUUUGUAAUCCCAACUACACAGGAGGCUGAGGCAGGAAAAUUGCUUGAACCUGGGAGGUGGAGGUUGCAGUGAGCCAAGGUCGCGCCAUUGCACUCCGGCCUGGACAACAGAGCGACACUUCUCAAAAAACAAAAACAAAACAGAUAAGAAAUAUGUGUGUAUAUAUUCUAUUUUGUCUUUUCAUUCACCUUAUUUCAUAGUCUUCCAAAUAAAAUGUUCUUAAUUUUGA